UUUGAUGAGGUCCCAAUAGUUCAUUUUAGCUUUGCUUUCCCUUGCUUCCAGCGGUGUAUGAAGAAGUUGCUACAGCCAAGAUUAAAGAGGUUUUUGCCUGCUUUCUUCUCUAGAAUUUUGAUGGCUUCCUGUCUUAGAUUUACGUUUUUCAUCCAUUUUGAGUUUAUUUUUAUGUGUGGUUUAAGAAAGUGACCCAGGUUCGUUUUUCUGCAUUCUGACUCCAAUUUUUGAAGUUUGCUCCCGACGUUGAAGCUCAUCCAUCCUCCUUCCUCUCAUCCGCAUCUGUCCAAGGCGGUAAGAAAGCCUAGUACUUCCUGCUUUGGCCGUGACAAGCGAUUCGGUCCACAGAAACCCCUGCCCUUGUGUAUGAACUUUCAGUCCAUCCACAACCUAAUUAAAAAAAAAAAGUCCACGUGCUUCCCCCGCCCCCCCCCCCAGCCGUUUCAUCCUGCUUGAGAGGGUCUGCCUUCCUCCCCAGAGACGUCGGUUAUGGAAUCACUUCUUUCCUACCCUAUUGCCAGGAUGUACUGUCAUCAGCUUGAGGACUCCUGUACUUAGGUCGAGGCUGUUAUGCUUCCGUGCCCCAGAGUGGAGCUCAUAAAUGCGAGAAGCUGAGGGCGCUGCCUCUAGGGUGGCUGGUCAGGAAACUUCCUCCUGAAAUCGGAGAAUGGAGAUUUUAUGUUCUUUUGGAGGAAAGCACUGCAGAAUCCUUGAUGAUUAUCAAGUACAGUCAAACCGCUGUGGAAGUCUGCGAAGUGCCUUGCAACCUGUAGUUCUUAACCUGUUCCUCAAGGUCAGCAUGGACCAGACGGUUAUAGUUUGACCAGAAAGAGCUUUUCCAGCACCUUUUCAUCUCGGUAUGUGCCCUAAAAAGUGAGCAGCGGCGCUGAGGCUCACGUGUAUAGGGGUUUUGUGGCGAUCUGAAUCGUCCGGCCUUUUGAGCAUGUCUGGGCCCUAACUUCUGCAUAAUUUACCGGCUCCAUGAAGUGGGUCAGAGAGAGAAUGGAAGUACCGAGCGUCAUAAGUACUACACAGGCUCAAAGUGCUACUUCUGCACGGGAGUGUUAUAACUCAUCCAGCUCCCCCCGGCUGCUUUUCACGGCCUGGAGAACCUCCGGCCCGUGUGGCAAACUGAUCCUUGUUACAAGUUGGAUUUCCACAGGCCUCCUGGACUCUCAUGUUUGGUGAUGGGACUAGAAGAAAAAGCGUCCGGUGCUUCACUGUGUUUUAUUCAUUAAAACCUCAUGCAGAUUUGACCCCGUGCAUCAUGGAGCGCUGAGUUAAAUGGACUCAGUGACGUUUGAGGAUGUGGCUGUGAACUUCACCCUGGAGGAGUGGGCUUUACUGGAUUCUUCACAGAAGAAACUUUAUAGAGAUGUGAUGCGGGAAACCUUCCGGAACCUGGCCUCCCUAGAGAGAAAAUGGAAGGAUCAUGACCCUGAAGACAGGUGCAAAACCCAGAGGGGGAAACCCAGAAGUCCUGUGGUAGAAAAACCUUGUGAAAGCAAAGACGGUUGUCAGCGUGGAGAAACCGACAGCCAGAUUCCAAAUCUUCAUCUGAGCAAGAAAACUCCUUCUGAGGUAAAACCACCUCAAGGUCGCCCGUGUGCAGAAACCUUCAGCCAGACACCAGCACUCAAUCUGAACAAGAAAACUCCCUCUGGAGCAAAACCCUGUGAGUGCAGCACGUGUGGAAAAGUCUUUGUGCGCCAUUCAUCCCUCAGUCGGCACAUCAGAUCUCAUGCUGGACACAAGCCGUACGAGUAUCACGAGUGUGAAGAGAAGCCAUAUAAGUGUAAGGAGUGUGGGAAGGCCUUCAGUUACCGCAAGUCUGUUCACAGGCACGAAAGGACUCACACUGGAGAAAAACCCUACGGCUGCCAGGAAUGUGGGAGAGCGUUCACAUGGCUCACAACUUUUCGGAGACACAUGAUAACUCACACCGGAGACGGACCUUACAAAUGCAAGGACUGCGGGAAGGCUUUCAGUUGCUCCACGUCAUUGCGGACCCACGAAAGGACUCACACCGGGGAGAAGCCCUAUCAGUGUAAACAGUGUGGGAAAUCCCUCCGGUCCCCGCUGGGUUUGCGAAUACACGAAAGAAAUCACACCGGAGAGAAGCCGUAUGAGUGUCAGCAGUGUGGGAAGGCCCUCAGCUGCCCCAGCUCUUUUCGGAGGCACGAGCGGACUCACAGCGCUGAGAAGCAGUACGAGUGUAAGCAGUGUGGGAAAGCCUUCAGCUCCCCUCUGGGUCUGCGGAUACAUGAAAGGAUUCACACUGGAGAAAAGCCGUAUGAGUGUAAGGAGUGCGGGAAGGCCUUCAUUUCUCCCUCGAGCGUUCGAACGCACAUGAUCACGCACACCGGCGACGGGCCCUACAAGUGUAAGGAGUGCGGGAAGGCCUUCAAUUUCCCCAGUUCCUUUCGAAUACAUGAAAGAACUCACACGGGCGAGAAGCCCUAUGAGUGUAAACAGUGCGGCAGAGCCUUCAGUUGUUACACGUCCUUUCGGACACAUGAAAAAACUCACACCGGAGAGAAACCCUAUGAGUGUAAGGAGUGCGGGAAAGCCUUCAUUUAUCGCACCACCUUCCGUGGACACGUGAGAACACACACCGGAGAGAAACCCUACAAAUGUAAGGAGUGCGGGAAGGCCUUCAGCCGUCCUAAUUCCUUUCGAAGGCAUGAAAGAUCACAUACUGAAGAGAAACUGCCUGAGGGGUAAGCGGUGCGGAGAAACACACUUGAUCUUCAUUCUUGUGUGUGAAAUCCCCCACUGGAAAGAAGCCCAGUAAAUAUAAGCAAGCCUGAUACAAAUCAAUCCGUGUGUGAUGUUCCAGAAAACUGUCACACGGCAGAAUCAUCGUAAAAGCUAUAAACAUAUUGUCUUGCUCAGUGCCUCACUCAUCCGCAGUCCAGAGAUCCACCGUAAAUUUAUUUACUGCUUACUUUCAGAAACGAACAUUGAGCUGAGAGAGUUCUGUAAAUACGGUACUAAGAUUGAUAGAGAACUGUUUUCUUCAUAAAUCUGUAACACUUACCUCUCUCCACUUGUGAGCUUGUUUGACCAGGGGUGACGUGAGGUGGUUUCUAAAUAUGCAAGUGGGCUAAAUUUUUAUAUAACGUUUCUGCUGAAUCAUGGAUCAGUGACAUUUUGGUAUUUGUUGGGACUUCCCUGCUGGCCUCCUGUGUCAGUAUCCCUUACCCGUCAUAUAUUCCAUCUUUCUUGUGAAAAAACCAGUUCCUGUGUUGGCCAGAAGAGUCUUAUCCCGUUUUUCCUGUUCAUAAAAAGAUGCCCUAGUUUUGUAAAUGUGCAGAGUUUAUAUGUAGCCCGAUGUCCGUUCCCUUUGUCAUUCCUUCUGGCUGGAGUCUGAAUACUCCACGUCGCCUUAAUGCCUAUCGCUGGAUAAUAAAAUGCAGAAUUGGAGA